GGGGCUUGUUGGAAAGAAAGACCAUGGCUGCAGCAAGCACCGUAGCCGCGACGUUGGCCAGCAAGACCAAGACCAAGAAGAAACACUUUGUGGCACAGAAAGUCAAGCUGUUCCGGGCCAGCGACCCUCUGCUCAGCGUCUUGAUGUGGGGAGUCAAUCACUCGAUCAAUGAGCUCAGCCAUGUCCAGAUCCCCAUUAUGCUGAUGCCAGAUGACUUCAAGGCCUAUUCUAAAAUUAAGGUGGACAAUCACCUAUUUAACAAAGAAAACAUGCCUAGUCACUUUAAAUUUAAGGAAUAUUGCCCCAUGGUCUUCCGAAAUCUGAGGGAAAGGUUUGGGAUUGACGAUCAAGAUUUCCAGAACUCUCUGACUAGAUGUGCACCUUUGGCCAAUGACUCUCAGGCUCGCAGUGGGGCUCGGUUUCAUACUUCUUGUGACAAGAGGUAUAUUAUCAAAACUAUUACAAGUGAAGAUGUGGCGGAGAUGCACAACAUACUAAAGAAAUACCACCAGUUCAUUGUAGAAUGCCACGGAAACACUCUUCUCCCACAAUUCCUGGGCAUGUAUCGGCUGAAUGUGGACGGUGUAGAGACGUAUAUGAUUGUCACAAGGAACGUAUUUAGCCAUCGACUUUCUGUGUACAGGAAAUAUGACUUAAAGGGAUCCACUGUGGCAAGAGAAGCCAGCGACAAAGAAAAGGCCAAAGAGCUGCCAACAUACAAAGACAAUGACUUCAUAAAUGACGGUCAGAAGAUCUGGAUUGAUGACAAUAACAAAAAGAUGUUCCAAGAGAAGCUAAAGAAGGAUGUAGAGUUUUUGUCCCAGUUGAAGCUUAUGGACUACAGCCUCUUAGUGGGUAUCCAUGAUGUGGAAAGGGCCGAGCAAGAGGAUGUAGAGAGUGAAGACAACGAAGAAGAAGAAGGAGAAAGCGAUGGAACGCACCCCAUAGGCACGCCACCAGACAGCCCUGGGAACACGCUGAACAGCACAAAGGCCCUUCCCCCUGGAGAGUUUGACCCAACCAUUGAUGUAUAUGGGAUUAAAAGCCAUGAAAACGCGCCCAGGAAAGAGGUGUACUUCAUGGCCAUUAUUGAUAUCUUAACUCACUAUGAUGCGAAAAAGAAAGCAGCACACGCAGCAAAAACUGUUAAACAUGGAGCCGGUGCGGAGAUCUCCACCGUAAAUCCUGAACAGUAUUCUAAGCGCUUCUUGGACUUUAUUAACAACAUCCUGACGUAACGUCUUCUGACACCAAGGAAGGGUUUUAGGAGACGAGACAGACAUUGAUGCAAUAUGGGUGGAAAGACAGACAGACCGUGCUGUAACCUAUGCUCACCAUGCAGACAAAGAAAACCUACUACAUCUUCUGGCAAAGAUGACCCAUGUGGGGAAUUUACGAAUAUCCGUCGCUUCCUGGCAUAGUCCUAGUUAUUUUUUACUUUUCCUUUUUGAUGUUUUCAUUGAAGAAGGAAAUCUGAAUCUGCUUUACAAAGUUGCACAAAAAACAAACAAAAAUAUAUCUAUAUAUCUAAUGCACAGACGCAAAGACCAGUGAAUGAAGUCUAUGGAACCCACCAGGGAUAGGUGCAUGUGAAGUCGGUAUGAAACAGUAAACUGUAGAUCAGUUUAUUUUAUUUUUAUUAUUAUUAUUAUUAUUUUUUAUUAGAUUAUCAGUAUUCAUUGCAGAUAAUACAAAAAGAAAAAGAGAGAAGGUUUUAAGAUCUGCAAGAAAAAACCAUCACUAAAUCACUAAGGAGAACUGAUGCACGUGCGAAAACCUUGGUGGCGGUAGUGGAUUUGGGAUGGAGCGGAAAUUUUUUUUUUUCUUUACACAGAUGAGAGACUGCUUAAUUUGGGAGCAUUGAUGCCAUAAUGACAAUGUACACGAGUCUUUACACUUUUUUUGCCACAAUAAUCUGCACUUCACUUUGAACAGGGAUCGCGUUGUCGUUUUUUCGGAAAGCGUCGCCCUACCAUCCACUUAAAUGUUACUGAGACAUCCUUGCUUGCAUAGUUUUUAGACCAAGAACCAAUAACCUGUUGAUUCUUCUAUAGGCCAUCUUUGGAGAUUGGUAAAGAACAACUGUUUACAUUGUAACUUGAGGGCAUUUUCUCUACAUGUUCUCAGUCUGUGAUAUUUCAUGUCUGUAUUCAGUAUGUUCAAUAGACUUUUUCAAUUUAUGUGUUACCAAAAAAAGAAAUACAGCAUCGAACAAUG